UUAAAAUUGCAAAAGGAUGGAUGUGGUCUUGAACCUGGUGUUUCUACACGUGUAUCCACCGAAGAUCAGUUACGGCAUUGAGAAACCAUGUGGAUUGCCGCGAUGCUAAAUUUGGAUAUUUGCAUGGAGGCUGCUGCAUCCACCAAAUGCUUGGUACUCCAUACCGAGGAGGAGCAACCAAUAUAUGAUAUUCGUGCCUGGUGCGGAUCGAGAUGAGAGCCGCUGUCUAAGAACUCCAAAAUUCCACACUAGAAGUGGGAAGCCAGAGCGCAGUUGAGAACCGGGCGGGCGCCCUCUCGUCGAGCAAGAGGCUACUCGCCAGCUUGUGGCUUUGCUCAAAGAGCGAGCAGCAGUUGAAUUUGUGGUGCGCUGCGUGUAUGCGAGGCAUCACGCAUGAGUCUUAUUACCCAGUCGAAGAGUUAGCGAACCGGCGAAUCAGCCGUGCGUGUCCAUCUCCGUUCACCGUUGGGUCAAGCCAGGCCCGAGAGGAGAAAAUAGCGCACGACAAGUCGCCUAGCAGCCGACACAGCAAAUGGAUCAAUGGAUGUGGACUCCCGACUGUUUUCGCAAGCUCUGUCUCGGCCCCCCUUCUUGGCUCAUGUGGGCGCACACCGUGUCGCUGGUGGGAGACAUGCUCGAUGCCAUGCAUUAGCCGCGGCGAGGGGGCGAUCGUUUCGCUGCUCUUUGCUGACAGCCAUCGGCAAAAGACAUCUGUGAUCUGUUUUUCUGUCUGGUCAUCGGGUCUUUGUUGGGGCACUGCGACGCGGACGGCUGGGGGGCCAAAAAAAAACCACAUCCAAUGUUUUUUUCUCCCUUCUGUUUUGUCGCACUCAAUGCCUGACACGUUCCGUCUGCCCAACGCUCCAGCCCAAUGCUGAUCAGCAGAGAAAGCUCUUUUCCUUUGACUGUGGCGAG